AUGCCACCGCCUGGAACUAUCAAGCCGAUGGACCCUCUCAGUGCCUCGGUAGGCGCAGUGCCUCAAGUUUCUCGACAGAAAACUGCAAUGGACCCGGUGACCCGCACCAGCCCCGCGUUGGACAAAUUCCAGACCGUUCGAGGCAGUCUCAUGACGUCUUCUACGUCAUUUUCAGGCUUCACAACUCGCCGACUGCAGUCAACGGUAGUGCCUGAGAGUUCGGCGGAGAAACGAGCCCGAGAGAGCUCCGUAUCGAGAGCCACCGCUGUGAACGAGUUCCUUUUGUUCCUUAAAAUCAUGGACGAAGUGGCCAUCCACCACAUUACGCUCUACUUUAUCAACAUCAACACUUUGACCGUGAUCCUCAAAAUGGAGCAGUCGUUCGCCAAGUACUACGCUAGUUCACAGCGAAAAUUGUACUUACGCGGACUGCUGAUGCUUAUCGGCUUCAUGAUCUCGACUUUUGUGUACGACUACAUUGUACUCUGGGAAGACUACAGUGUCGGGACGAAUGCCACUGCCGACGGGGUCGUAAGUACUAAACUGCCGAAAUUCACGGUCGUUGUCGUGUUAAAACUCGCGGUUGUGCUGCCUUUACUGUUUUUAACGUUUUUUCGGGCGAGAAAACACCCUUACCAUGAGGAUUUUAAACUCACCUGGAUCUGUACCGUCGUAGUCGCUUGUUAUCCGGUUGUGUACAACAAGAUCACGAACGAUUACGGUGUCUCGUGGGUCUGUCUCGUCAUCAUGUGGGUUUACAGUUGCACGCCCAUCCGAUUCUUCCCGGUCUCGAUCUUCUGCCUUGGAUAUUUGGCCACAUACGUCGUGGUUAUGCUCGCGUAUGUGCCUGGAAGUGCCAGCUCUUCUGCGUCUUCUAGCAGACAAGAAAUUGCCAACGAGACGCUAUACGCUUGUCUCUUCUUCUUCUUGAUUUUGCUACCCAGUCAGUCACGAGAGUUCGCUAUUCGAGUGAGUUAUAUGAGCGAACUUAUGGUUUUAUUACAACAAGAACAGCUGAAAAUGGAGGAAACUCGGUCCAAAGCGUUACUUAACAGUAUGUUACCAGAAUCCAUCGUAGUGCAGUUACAAUGUGGACGAGAGCUCAUUGCAGACGAAUACCCAGAAGCUACUGUAUUAUUCGCAGAAGUCUGCGACUUUGAUCUCUUCUCGUCCAAACUACAGGCGCAACAAGUGGUCGAGUUACUUAACAUUUUAUUUUACAAAUUUGACAAACUGGUGGACGUGCAUCACGUGCACAAAGUUGAGACUAUCGGCGCUGUAUAUAUGGUAGUCGGUGGCUGUCCCGAUGUGAUUCCUAACCACGCAGAACUUGUCGCUAACUUGGCGUUGGACAUGAUUCGCUGUAUUCCAGAAGUUAGUGCGAAAAUUGCACGUAAGAAUUGGGGCCAUAUGGUCACGAAUCUUAGUAUUCGAGUGGGGAUUAAUACUGGAGGACUCAUGGCCGGUGUGGUGGGGAUCCGGAAUCCUCGCUUCAAGUUGUUUGGAGACACUGUGAACGUGGCUUCACGCAUGGAGACGACCAAUUUACCCGGUCAGAUUCAAAUCACAGAGGCGACUCAUAACGCUAUUUAUCACAAGUUCCAUACAGCGUUACGAGGUAAAGUAUUCGUUAAAGGGAGAGGAGAGAUGAACACGUAUUUCUUACGUGGUAAGGAUAGCUACAUCGUCCCACCAGCUUCAGUCGUGACUAGAGAACACACUGGUACACCCGAUGUGGUAGCUGAGCCUACAAAUUCGACAUCGGGAAGAUCACGACGAACGAGUCACAUGCCUGGAUCGAACAUCAACGCCAUUCCAGAACAUAACAAAACGGAUUCUUCAAACGCAACAAAAUCCAACGAAAAUCUAGCACCUUUACCAAUAACGCCGAGGACUUCGAACGCUCGUCAACCGCGACGUGCGAGUCGAUUGGGGGCUCUUGACACCUCGAAUAAGCAGAAAACCAUCGCGGAUUUAUUGGCGUUAGCGCCUCCAGCUGGACGAAAAGCCUCCAUCAUGCAGCUACCCGAAGGCACGAAACUUCCCCCGAUUCCUCAAUCUAGCAGAGAGGACACCAAUCCGCCGUCUCUUCUUGCUUUAGCUGACCAGCCUCCGUCACCCUCGGCACCUUCACGUCUUGCUCAGCGACGAGGCACCGUGAGUGCGCUGAGAAACCACAGUUUGAGUCAAAUUGCAACUGUACGUAGAUCCCUCUUCCGAGAGAAUAUCUUUGACAUCGUGGAAGAUCUGGACUGCAACGGAGACCCUGGAAACGAUGAGAACUCCGUCUACAGCGCCACGAUCAUGACGUUACCCAAGGGGUUGACCCGUACCGAGGUGCUGUUCCGAGUGCACGGCAAUCGAACACGCUUCCGCAGUCUCACGAAGGAGGCGUUCGAGUUCGAGGAAAGUUACAGAGUGGAAAAUCGCGCGCGGUGGAUGCGAUUCCUGCGCUUAUCAGUGACUGUUUUCCUGGUGCUUAAACCGUUUCUAACACUUUACCAGUCGAUCCGUUUGUCCAAGGUGCGCUCUUUCGAAGAAAGCGGGCUCAUUUUUUUACUCAACUUCUGCAUCAUGUACCCGGUCAUGUUGGCUUUUUUACUGCAAAGUUUUUCCCCGAAUUUCAGCAAUUGGGAACAGUUCGCGUCGGUGGUAGUCAUCUCUGUCGUGGCCGUGAUAUUGUGCACGGAAAGUCUUCUUACCAACUCUCUUGGGCAUGCCUAUAUGAGUGCAUUGGCGUUGUAUCAAUGCUACUUCGCCAACGUGUCAUUUCUGCUUCGCGUUAUCAACGGCUUUGAGAUUUUAGCGCUGUAUUUACUCGCUAAUCUCUUGCUCGCGCCGUAUUUUGGCUGGGAAAUCAACGCCACACAGCUCCGAGUGUUAAGAAAUGCGCUCUACAUUUUCAUGUUCUUCGCCGGCCAAGCGUGGGUGGUGUUUAAUUCCGAGUUUAAACAACGAAUCAACCAUUAUCGCGACAUUACGCUGAAUUCGCAGAAGCAAAAACUCGUGGAAGAAGAAGGUCGAAUUACGAAAUUGUUGCUGAAUUUACUACCGGAGACCAUCGUGCACAAGCUCAAGGAGGACCCGCAAACCACAAUUGCAGAUUUCUUUGACAAUGUGACGGUUUUAUUCACCGAUAUGGUGAAUUUCACGGCGUAUUCGUCCAAAGUUUCAGCCAUGGAGCUCGUCCAGUUCCUCAACGACAUGUACACGCGAUUCGAUACGAUCGCUGAGCGUGAGGUGUUGUACAAAGUGGAGAUCAUCGGUGACGCUUAUUUCGUGGUGGGAGGCUGUCCCAUAGUGAACACCAACAAUGCGCUGGCAGUCGUGACUGCUGCCACCGACAUGUUCGCAGCGCUGCCGCUAUUGAGACGCAACUGCGGCGUUCCCGACCUGAAUAUCCGGAUUGGGGUGCACUCGGGUCCUGUACUGGCUGGUGUGGUGGGGAGCAAAGAUCCUCGCUAUCAUCUCUUUGGCGACACGGUGAGCAUUGCGCACUUCUUGGAGAGCAGUGGUGUACCUGGUCGCAUUCACAUUAGCGAGAGUACGUGGGCCAGUAUGAACAAGGAGACACCCGGUCAUGGAUUCAAAGUCGAGUAUCACACGCUGCUCUCCAUCAACGGCAGCUCCAAGAAACUACGCACGUAUUUCGUGCUAUGAGCGACGAACGAGAUGAUAUUUGAACAUUCAUUCGCGUUCUGUAACAACCCGACAUUGCCUUGCUUGACAGCAAGUUGGCAGAUAUCGGUUCACCCGUCGCAGAUACGUACCAGUAGACCAAACGAAAUGGCCCCGCCUCAUUCUUGCGUAGCUUGGUUGGCUUUCGGCGUUAUCAUGGUCGACAAAGCUGGUUAUUCGUAUCAGAUACGUAAGCUCUCGGUUCUGUACCCGGUCCAAGCAAUCAACCAUGAAGCGACAGGAAAAUCCCGAACUGUUCGGAGCCUGCGGCGACGGAGGCGAAUCUACCAGCUCGGUGCAGUGUCGUCGGCUGGAAAACUGCAACAAAACAAGCAAGCAAAGGUGAGACCGGACUGACGUGGCAUGCUCCAUACAAAUUGCAAGAGUAGCGACAGCACCGGCGUGUCACUGCUCUGAAACCUAGUCCUAGUAUACAUCUCGUAUCCGUAAAAACAGCUAUACGUCCUUGCGAUCACACGAAUAUCAUCAUCAGUUUUUCGGACAG